GCCUUUCCAGCGCACAAUUUCGCGGUCCUUUUCGCUGGUUCAAUGUCCACGUUGCCUUAUCAAAAAAGAUUUCGACCUCUCCCGCCGCCAUCCGGCUAUUUAUUGAUUCCAUUGUCACUGUUCUCCUCGCAACGGCCAACCCAGAUAGAAAUGUCAGAGCCGGAAGUAUUACGCGACAAAACCCUAAUGCGAUCCUGGUCGCGCUCCCGCCGUUGCAAUGGUCAAACUAUAGCCCUCGUACCUACCAUGGGUUUCCUUCACGAAGGUCACCUCUCUCUCAUCCGCACGGCCAAAUCCCUUGCCGACCUGAUCAUCGUCUCAAUCUACGUGAACCCCGGUCAGUUUUCUCCUUCCGAGGAUCUAUCCACCUACCCUUCUGAUUUCUCCGGAGAUCUCCGGAAGCUUUCCGCCGCCGGUGUUAAUGUUGUUUUUUGCCCUGCUGAACUCUACUAUUCGGCAUCGGUUAAGGAGUUUGGUGGGCAUCAGGAAGCAAUUAACGGCGAAAGGGAGGGGGAUUCUUGUCUGGAAGAUGGGGGCAGUGGGCACGAGACGUGGAUUAGGGUGGAGAGGCUGGAGAAAGGGAUGUGCGGGACGAGCCGACCGGUGUUCUUUAGAGGGGUUGCGACGGUGGUGGCGAAACUGUUCAAUAUCGUGGAGCCGGAUGUGGCGGUUUUUGGGAAGAAGGAUUAUCAGCAGUGGCGAGUUAUUUGUCGGAUGGUUCGUGAUCUUGAUUUUGCUGUCAAAGUGAUUGGUUCGGACAUCAUACGAGAUGUUGAUGGCCUUGCCAUGAGUUCCCGCAAUGUGCAUCUAUCACCUACGCAGAGAGAAAAGGCUUUGUCUAUUAAUAGGUCUUUAUCAAAAGCCAAACUUGCUGCAGAGAAAGGACAGAAAAAUUGUCAAGAUCUAAAAGAUUUAAUCAAGCAAACAAUAUCCGAAGCUGGUGGUAAAAUUGAUUAUGUUGAGAUUGUGGAGCAGCAGGGUUUAAGCCCUGUUGAAGAGAUCUCAUGCCCCGUUGUAAUAUGCGUUGCUGCCUGCUUCGGAAAUGUUAGAUUGAUUGACAACUUGGAAAUAGACUAAUCAAUAUAUUAUUGUCUAAUUUCUAUUGCCCAAAAGAAUUUUUUUUUUUAACAGUAAGAAAGCAAAGCCCUACAUGGGGUCCCAGUUAGGUAUCCAUUGGAUACCCAUGCUUUACUCGGAUGGGCUUCGCCGCCCACCCAUGGUGACUUUCGGGUCGUCGUACCCACCUAUACCCACCCACUUUUAAUGCUUUUUGAAUGAAGUCUGCCACAGACCGAUGGCCUUAAGGCUUGUUGCCCUUUGCUAUGAUUACAAACUUUCAAGCCGUAUAUCAAAAUUUACAAUA